AACGUUUUGUUCGUGUUGGCGCAUGCUCACAUUAGCAGUCGUAACUUCCGCUAUGUGACUACGUGCGGCGGCCAUAUCACAAUUCAAGGGUAUCUGAAGGCGCAAGGCUAGGCAACAUGUACCGGUUUGCUAAAACUGCGAUCAACAUCACCGGUAAGGCCGCAAGGCAGGUGAGGCAUGGAUCCACCGCUCCAGAGGACUUCCACGCCAAGUACGGCACCGGUGUGUUGGUUAGUGGAGCCGCCUUCUGCACGGCUGUGUGGGCGUAUGUGCUGACUCAGACUGGCAUCACCUGGAAUCUGUCACCUGUUGGAAGGGUCAUGCCCAAACCAUGGAGAGAGGCUGACGAGUGAAGAGCUGCCAUGUGUCCCACCUCAUGAAACCUCUGGUUGUACAGAUGAAUAAUGAAAAUCUGCAUGUUCAGACACUGAAUGCUUGUGUUUAUUCCAACAUGUUACUUUGUCCAAAUAAAUUAAGCGUGAUUCUGCUGA